CGCUGGAAGAGUAACAGACUCAACAUCUCGACGGCCUCCGAACGCUUAUGAACAGCUGACGCAUCGACAUCGACUUCUGGAACGAUCUGGCUUCCGCCUCAUAGUACCGCUCCUCCCCGGUCCGCUGCCUCGAGCAGCAACAUCAACCACCCACCAUGUCAAACACCGAUUUCCUCGGCCGUGCGAUAGAGCAAGUCAAGAAGGCCAUAGAACUCGACACCGCCGGAGACUAUGACAAGGCGUACCAACAAUACUACUCUGCCCUCGAGCUAUUCAUGCUCGCACUCAAAUGGGAGAAGAACCAGAAGUCAAAGGAAAUGAUCAGACAGAAGGCGGCAGAGUACAUGGAACGUGCAGAGAAGCUGAAGAACCAUUUGGCUGAACAAGAUGGGAAGCGGAAACCUGCUGCGAUGGGAGCUAACGGCUCUGCGUCGAAUGGAAGUGGGAAAGCAAAAGGCGACGAUGAUGAGCAGGAUGCCGACUCGAAGAAGCUGCGAGGCGCAUUGGCUGGUGCCAUCUUGACAGAUAAGCCGAAUAUCAAGUGGGAGGAUGUCGCUGGUCUGGAGGGAGCGAAGGAGGCGCUUAAGGAGGCUGUGAUUCUGCCGAUCAAGUUUCCGCAUCUGUUUACAGGGAAGAGGCAGCCGUGGAAGGGUAUCUUGCUGUACGGGCCACCUGGUACAGGAAAGUCGUAUCUUGCGAAGGCAGUGGCGACAGAGGCGAAUAGCACAUUUUUCAGUGUGUCUUCGUCAGAUCUGGUGUCGAAGUGGAUGGGAGAGUCAGAACGACUUGUGAAACAACUUUUCAAUCUAGCGCGCGAGAACAAGCCUUCAAUCAUCUUCAUUGACGAAAUCGACGCGCUAUGCGGACCCAGAGGCGAAGGCGAGUCCGAAGCUUCGCGACGUAUCAAGACUGAGCUGCUGGUACAAAUGGAUGGUGUGGGGCGCGACUCCAAGGGUGUCCUGAUUCUCGGCGCAACGAAUAUUCCCUGGCAACUCGACGCUGCCAUCCGACGACGAUUUCAGCGACGAGUACACAUCUCUCUACCCGAUUUCCCCGCACGAUGCAAGAUGUUCGAGCUGGCUGUUGGCGGCACCCCAUGCGAGCUGACUCCAGAGGACUACAAAACGCUCGGCAAAUACUCCGAAGGGUAUUCUGGGUCCGAUAUCUCCAUCGCUGUACAAGAUGCGCUCAUGCAACCUGUGAGGAAAAUUCAAACUGCGACACACUACAAGAAGGUGCAGGUCGAUGAUCCGGAAACUGGAGCGAAACUCAACAAAUUGACCCCAUGCAGCCCUGGAGAUGCUGGUGCGAUGGAGAUGAACUGGACACAGGUAGAGACAGAAGAGCUGCUUGAGCCUCCUCUCCAAGUGAAGGAUUUCGUCAAGGCUAUCAAAGCCUCAAGACCGACUGUCAGCAAAGAGGAUUUGGACAGGAAUUCGGAAUGGACAAAGGAGUUUGGCAGUGAAGGAGCAUGAUGCGGUUCUGAUGUUGUGCAUGAUGCGUUAACGAUACAUGGUGGAUGCAUAUGGCGUUCGAGGUACGAGGUGCGUCGGUAUGAGCGUUACCAGGAGCGCGUUGUCAUGAUGAACAGUUAUAAAUUCUAUGGACAUUGAAUCCGAAUUUUUCUUCAUGCAUGCC